UUUUUCAAAAAAAAAAACAAAUACCACAUGAAAACCAUUCAAAUGUUUGGCAAUAAAAUCAACUGGAAACAUUAUCCAUUAAUAGUUUUAUCAUUAUUUAUCAUAUUCUUCUCGUAUAUCGAUGUGGUUGAAUCAAGUGAUAAUCAUCAAUCGUCGCCAAUCCUGAAUAACAAUGGAACUUCAAAUGAAACAAUGAAAAGAAAUGAAAAGACAUUUAAACCAUCAGUAUUGGGUAAAUGCACUCGUUGUCGAUUGAUGAGUAAUUCUUUAUUCGAGAUAACUCGAUCAUCAUUACUUUAUGAUGAUAAUGAUGCUCAAUCAAUGAAAAAAACCAACAACAAUUAUGAUUUCUCAAACAUUUGGAACAGGCUUUGUUUCGAUAUUAAAGCCGGUCAGGAUGAUUGCCGAUCAUAUGCUGAAGAAAAUUAUGAAAAAAUUCAUCAAUGGUGGAAUGAUCAUUCAUAUGAUAUAUUGGAUCAAUCUGAUUUAUCGUUAAUCAUCGUGAAUGGAUUAUGUAUUGAAUUUUUAAAAGUUUGCUGUCCAGAUGGACAUUAUGGCCAUGAAUGUAAACAAUGUAAUGGUUAUCCUGAUCGAAUUUGUUCGAAUAAUGGAAAAUGUGCUGGUUCAGGUACACGUUUAGGUAAUGGGAAUUGCCUCUGUAAUCAUGGUUAUACAAAUAUGAAUUGUGAUUCAUGUGCAAAAGAAUUUUAUCUAAAUCAAACAUUAUUCCAACUGAAUGGUACUAUUCAAUGUAUACCAUGUGAUUCAUCAUGUUCGGGUAGUUGUUUUGAUUCGGGACCAAAAGGUUGCCAUGUUUGUCGUAAUGGUUAUUAUUGGACAAUUGAUAAUGGUUGUAUCGAUAUCGAUGAAUGUGAAUCAUCAUCAUUAACAAUAAUGGGCAAUAAAGAUCCAUGUCCAUUAAAUUCAUUCUGUAUUAAUACUGAUGGUUCUUAUCAUUGUUAUCAAUGUGAUCCAGCCUGUAAUGGUUGUGAUGGUGAUGGACCAGAUUCAUGUUUAAAAUGUGCUGACGAUCAUAUAUUGAAAGAUGGUAUCUGUAUGAAUCCUGAUCCAAAACCAUUAAUACAACCAUAUGCAUCACCGACACGUUAUGCAACAUAUUUUGGUCUCUGUAUUGUUACCUGUAUCAUAUUUCGUCAUAAUAUCUAUGUUUCAUCUGGUAUUGGUUUAGCUGUAGCCCUUUAUAUAAUGGCAUCGGAAAAAUCAUUAGAAACCGAAUAUGGACGUACAUUUGAUAAAUGGUGGAAUAAUGUAUUUGGCUGACGAUGAUGAUAAACGAACGAACGAAUGUACAAGCAUUAGAGACAACAAAUUUUCAAGCACAACAAAAC